AUGAUCACAGUUCCACCACGUCACUAUUGUGUUGUGGAAUCACCAGUGGUACGUGAUGAUGCAGGAGAAGUUGUAUUCGACGCAAACGGUCAAGCGAAAUUGAUUCACGCUGAUUUGGACAUUCGUCUUGCUCGACCUGAUCAAGCUCCAUUUCCUCUAUAUCCCGGUGAAGUUCUUCGACAACCUGUUACACCAUUAAAAGUUGUUCCAGCUAAUUCGGCACUACGACUAAAAGCGGUGCUCGAUUUUCGAGACGAAACAACCGAAGAACAACGACGCGCCGGUGAUGAAUGGCUGUUUGAAGGUCCAGCCACUUAUAUUCCUCGCAAAGAGGUCAGCGUCGAAGAACAGAUUCGUGCUACUGUUAUCGGCUCUAAUCAAGCUAUUCGGCUUUGUGCGAAAAAAGAAAUAACCGAUCGAAAUGGCGAACGACGUGUCACCGGGGAAGAAUGGCUAGUCAAGAAAACCGGUGCCUAUUUACCACUUGCCUAUGAAACAGUUGUAUCAGUAGAAAAUGCUUAUGUAUUAACUGAUAAGAAAGCACUUCAUCUGCGUGCAUUAAAAAGUUUCACCGAUAAUUUCGGUAAAGAACGUAUGAAUGGGGAAGAAUGGCUUGUCACUCAUGAUGAUACCGAAACGCAUAUUCUAAGUGUCUAUGAACAGUUAGUUGCUGUUGUCGAUGUGGUGACAUUGAAUUCUCGACAAUAUUGUGUUAUCCUCGAUCCAGUCGAAGAUGGAAAACCGCAAUUAGGAAAAAAAAAAUUAGUCGUUGGUGAAAAAUCAUUCUUUCUUCAACCUGGUGAAAAACUCGAGAAUGGCAUUCAAGAUGUGUACAUUCUAGGUGAAGAUGAAGGUAUUAUUCUUAAAUGUAUUGAAGCGUUCGAAGAUGAACAAGCCAAAGCGUCCCGAAAUCCAGGCGAUCGAUGGAUGAUUCGUGGCCCGACUGAAUACAUUCCACCUACACAGGUCGAAGUCGUUACACGUCGUAAAGCAAUGCCAUUAGAUGAAAACGAAGGUAUCUAUGUUCGUGACAUUAAAACUGGCCGCGUACGAUCUGUUAUUGGUGAAACUUAUAUGCUAACACAAGACGAAGAACUUUGGCAAAAAGAACUACCUAAACAAGUUGAGGAUUUGUUAACGCGUGAUGCACUAGCCGAUCGAAAUAUUCCAACACGCAGUCAGACAUCUGACAAAAAUCAGUCUCAACAGACGACCGUAUCGAAAUCAACGAGUGCCAAACGCGAUAAAUCGAAAGUAGUCGUUUAUCGUGUUGCACACAAUGCCUGUGUUCAAAUCUAUGAUUACAAAGCUAAAAAAGCACGAAUCAUCUUCGGUCCUGAACUCGUCAUGCUCGGACCUGAUGAACAAUUUACAUUGAUUUCUUUGAGCGGUUGUGUUCCAAAGAAACCCAAUCAAAUUCAAACACUAUGUUUACUCCUCGGACCUGACUUCUUCACCGACGUCAUUGUCAUUGAAACAGCAGAUCAUGCACGCUUAUCAUUACAGCUUUCAUAUAAUUGGCAUUUUCAAGUAGUUGACAGAGCCGAUGCGAAAGAGUCGGACAAAUUGUUCUCUGUGCCUGACUUCGUUGGCGAUGCAGCUAAGGCAAUUGCUUCUCGUAUUCGUGGAGCUGUUGCAGGAACACAAUUUGACGACUUUCACAAAAACUCUGCUCAAAUUAUUCGUGCCGCUGUCUUUGGUUUCGACGCGCACCAGCAUGUCCGUGAUCAAUUCAUUUUCCCACAAAAUAAUCUUGUUAUCACAUCCAUUGAUAUCCAAAGUGUUGAACCUGUCGAUCAACGAACACGAGAUGCUCUUCAAAAGAGUGUUCAACUAGCCAUCGAAAUUACCACAAAUUCACAAGAAGCUGCCGCCAAACAUGAAGCUUCUCGCCGUGAACAAGAAGCGAAAGGUUUAUUAGAACGUCAACGUAUCAAAGACGAAGCUGACGCAGAAGAAGUUCGAAAACAACUCUUAGAGUUACAAGCUCUAUCAGCUGCUGUCGAAUCGACCGGUCAAGCUAAGGCAGAAGCUCAAAGUCGUGCGGAAUCCGCGCGUAUCGAAGGCGAAGCUGCCGUCGAACAAGCUCGCCUCAAAGCUGAAGCUACUCGAAUUGAAGCUGAAGCUGAAUUGUUACGUUUAAAACUGGCACGUGAAGCUGAAAUCAAAUUUUUGCACGAUCAAAACGAAUUAGAAAUUACAAAGAAAAGUGAAAUGUCAAGAAUUGAAACUGAAAAAUUCAAAUUACAAGUGGAAUCGAUCGGUGCAGAUACUAUUCAAUCGAUUGCUACAUCAGGCCCUGAUACUCAGGUUAAACUUUUACAAGCACUCGGCCUUCAGUCAAUGUUGGUCACUGAUGGACAUACACCGAUUAAUCUAAUGGGCUUUGGGCAAGGCUUACUAGGUGGUUUAACGGGAAAUACGAAGAACAAAUCAAGAACGUCAACAAGCACCUCGAACAACUAUUGCAUUCGAGAAGAUGAUUAA